AUGGGCAUACAAGAUGCCGGCCUGUGGGUGACAUUGACUCGAGUGUCACCAAACGCCGCCGUCACCGAUCGCUUACAACAUAUGCCACCAGCAGCCAAUACAUCAUCUGCACACUGUAAGCGUUCAACGGCACAACCAACCAACACAAGUAUUAUGCUCAACACACAACAACUUCAGCUACCUCCUAUUCAACUGACAGAUAUGUCCAGCUAUUGUUCUCCUUCGGUAGGUACCGGCGUGGAAAGAACACCUCCUCCAAUGUCCACUGUUGAUGGCUCCGAUCCAAAGCAAAUCUCGCGCAUGCUGCAGCGGAGCGAGACGUCAGUGAAGUCAAAGCUUACCCGUCUAGGUCUGCCUUACACGAUUGGUGCCAGGCCCCGUGAGUCAGCUUUCUCAGUCAAGAAGAUCCUCAACGCUGGUAAUCUGCGCACCUUGGAGCAACGUCAGCGAGACAGGAUAGCUGCGUGGUCGCGAGGCAUUAAACCACCAGCACCUGCAAGAUCACAGAGCUCUGACUCGUCCCAGAUCUCGAGUGCUUCGACCCUGGUUACCGAGAGUGAGGCCGCUUCUGAUGCAUCGAGCGCGACCACAGUCGUUGCUAGUGAGCCUGUCUCGCCUAAGAAUGUGGGCGACAAAGCAUCUCCUGUCAGCGAACUGCCGGCGACGCCCGCCGCCCAGCCGAUCCGAGCGAUGACGCCGUCACUGAUCACCAGGAUGAACGCCAAUGCUGCGGCGUUUAACUUCAAUGCUGACCCAAAAGCAUUUCCCACGCCGGGCCUAUCCACAAAGGUAAGUCCUGCCCCUUUCGUGAGCAACUACACGCCGCAGUCGCCAGUCUUCGACGAUGCACCGAUGUCGCCACCGCGGCUAGGUCGUCUACCAAGCUAUACGAGAGCAUUCAUGUCGCGGAGUGCUUCACCCGGGCAAGCGCAGGACCUGCCUGCGUCGGCACGAGUCUAUGGUAAGGACCAGAAGCUGGAUGAUGGCUUGACUCCCGAUCCGGCCAAGGUCCGGCAGCAACGAGCCUCUUUCCUCGCGUCAAUGAGUCGUGGCAUCUCACCUCCCCGUUCAGCUCGUACAACACCUGUACCUGUAGGCCCAGGGAAUCUCGUCGACGACGUCAAGAACUCCAGCAACCAGCAGCUCAAUCAAAUUCAACCCAUCUCAAGCGAUAGAUCAGCACCGGCCACCCCGCAGAGAGUAGUGGCAUCACCGUUCCAGUUGACGAAGAUUCGCGACCUGCCAGCAAGCAGUAACGUCGAUACCGUAGACCUCCAUGAAAUACUCGGAAGUCCGCUCAUCAAGGAAGCAUGGAUCUUCAACUUCUGUUUCGACAUAGACUGGAUGAUGCAACACUUCGAUGCCGAUGUACGCAGCAUGGUACGAGUCAAAGUCAUACAUGGGUCGUGGAAACGCGAAGACGGCAACAGAAUGGGUGUCGAGGAUGCCUGCACAAGGUGGAAGAAUGUGGAGGCUGCCACCGCAUAUCUUCCUGAUCCAUUCGGUACGCACCAUAGCAAGAUGUUCGUCUUGUUCAGCCACGACGAUACUGCCGAAGUCAUCAUCCACACUGCGAACAUGCUGGAGAAAGACUGGACGAAUAUGACUCAGGCUGUGUGGAGGUCAGGUCCCCUGCCUCAAGCCACUGGUGACGCCGUUCUGAGAGCAGAAGGUCUCGAGCCAAUUGGCAGCGGGGAGAGGUUCAAAUAUGACCUGCUGGAGUACCUGAAAGCAUACAAGAGGCCGACGCAGAGUCUAGUCAAACAGCUUCAGCAGCACGAUUUCGGCACCGUCCGGGGAGCUUUGGUGGCAUCUGUACCAUGCAAGUUGGCCAGCAAGGUCCUAGCGAGCACGAAAGACCUACAUUUGUGGGGUCAUCCGCAACUACGAGAAGUGAUCACACAUGUCAACGGUCUCAAGAAGAACAGGUCAAGUCCUACGACGCCUCCUCAUCUUGUUGCACAAGUAUCGUCGAUCGCGUCUCUGCCGGCCGGAUGGCUCGCCAAUCUCUACAGUGCUUUCAGAGCCGGCGCGCCAGUUUCCACGGGCCUGACCUCCAACACCAUGUCUUUGAUCUAUCCUACUGCUCCGAAUGUCGCUCAGUCGCUUGAUGGCUAUGCCGCUGGCGGCUCCAUACAUACCAAAGCGCAUUCAGCAACUCAUCUGAGGCAGAUCGAGUCACUGCGUCCACAUCUAUGCCAGUGGACUGCUUCCAGAGACGGAGUCUCGGCUGAUCGCGCAAGUGCGGCUCCUCACAUAAAGACAUACGUUCAAUUCGAUCGCAAGCCAACCAAGGACGCGGUCCAGCGGAACGAAGUGAGCAUUGACUGGGCGUUGACGACGAGUGCGAAUCUGUCAACGCAAGCAUGGGGAUCACUACCUAAAUCCGAGACUGGCACCAAGAGUAAGCCAAAAGGAGCUCCUGGCGCGGCAGAGAUUGUUCAGAUACAGAGCUUCGAGAUAGGAGUGCUUGUCUGGCCUGAGCUAUAUGACAAUCCGCCUGUGGAGUUAGACGCCUCUGAGAAGAACGGAGCGACAGUAAGGAUGGCACCGGUGUUCGGCAAGGACAUGCCAGAUCAAGGCAAGGGAAGGACUCUCAAUGGAGUCGCAGACGUUGUUGUAGGAUUACGGAUGCCGUAUGACUUACCGCUGACACCUUAUGGAACUGGAGAGCUGCCGUGGUCGCCAGGAGGCACAUAUCUUGAGCCCGACUCGCACGGAAUUGCGUGGGCUAAUCUGACACAGUAG